AUGUGGAGCAAGAUCACUGGCAAGAGCAGCGACGCCUCGUCGCACGACGGUCGCCGCAAAGAGCACGGCUCUUCGUCGUCGCGCCGCCGCGCCGAGUCGAUAGUCUCGUCCUCCACCGCGCGUAACCCUCCCUCACGCGUCGAGGAUCGCAGUGACUAUCCCCCGACCUUGUCUUCUCGAAGCAAUAGCUAUGCGCAGCCCGCUCCCUCCGUCUCGUCAAUUGGUUCCUACGCUACCGCUCGAGACUACGACCAGAAAUCCGAGAGAGCUGCCCCCUCGCGCAGUGGCUUCGAUGAUGACGACUAUCGCUCCGUGCGUUCCGACAGGCGUCGCGACGACGAUCUCCGCUCUACGCGAUCAGAGAGGCACCGUGACGAAGACCUCCGCUCCGAGCGUUCAGAGCGCCGCCGUGACCGCUCUUCCAGUCGCGACCGCAAACGAGACCGCAAGGACGGCGACCGCGAACACAGGAGGAAGGAGAAGAGGGACUCGAAGGAUAGCAAGGACAAGCGGGACAAGGAGAAGGAGGAAUCUGGGAAGAAGUCAAAGACGCGCCCCAAGAGUGGUAGGAGACUCUCGGAGAUCGUGGAUGAGCCAGUGCUCCCGCGGGCUGCAGACGUUACUGGCCACAGCAGUGGUGCUUAUGAUCUCCCAAUGAGUAGCCCGGCCGUGUCUCAGUAUACCACCGCCCCGUACGGAGAGUCAACCACUGUCCCAGCUUCUCCCGGCUACGGGCGAAUGGAUGCACAUGUAGCAAGUCAAUUUCCUGGACAAAAUCCCACCGACUUUUCCUACCCAUACCGCCCGCCCCCCAACUCACAACAGGGUGGAUCCGGUCUCGCCUCUGACUAUUACGGGGAUCAAGGCCAGUCAGUGCAAUAUCAGCCUGGCGUCCGUCCCGAUCCGCCAAGCGUCAUUGCUGGCACCGAACCACACCUGAUCUCACCAUCCGCCGCUCCAAACCCUCCCACAGAGACCGGCCAAGGUGCUGCAGCCCAGUAUUACGGAACCCCUAGUACCAACGGUGACAGACCCCCCGUAAAGCCACCUAGGCCGCUAUCCAUGCCAGGCAGCUUCGAAGAAGAACCACCGGCUAAGCCGCCACGGCCAAACUCCAUGCAUGGCAAGAUGUCCACCGCUGCGGCUGCCGCUGUUGGAGGCGCGGCUUUAGGCUAUGGACUUGGCCACGAUUCAAGCAGCUCACACCAUGGAAGCUCAUCUCACCACUCCACGAGCAUCCACCAGAGCUCUAGCAGCACUACCUUCUACCAACAAGGCUCCAACCAUCACGUUGGAGAUUCUCAGUACUACACGCCGUCAACCGUCGGAACCUCCACACAAAUGUAUGCCGACUCAGAACCCGGUUUACCGGCCUACGCCCAGUCCACCGCCACCAGCAAGCCCAGCAAGUCAGGUAAGCACUCCUCUCACUCUAACGCAGGUCUCUACGCUGCGGGCGCAGCUGGAUUGGCGGCUGGUGCGUACGGCCUACACGAACAUCACGCUCAUCAGCAUCAACACCAACACUCAUCGCUUCCACCAAACGGCAACCAUUACCCCGCGCAAGUUCCGGCAUACUCUGACCUCGGUAUGGCCAUGCGACAAAAGCAGCGUGGGCCCGUCGACAAGAUUGUGGAUUGGUGGAAGGACUACGAGGAUGUGCGGAAGAUGGAGGAGUACACUGAAUACAUUGGUGUUUGUCGCCACUGCUUCGACCCAACUGAGCCUCCGACGAUGGCGCCUCGCAAACACCAUUAUCACGCUCACCCCCACUCUCACUCUCACCCUCACCGUCGUUCAAGUGGCUCAAUUCGUCACUCUCGUGUCGACAAAGGAUCCCGUUACGGCUACUCCUCAUCAGACGAUGAGCACAAGAGCAAGAGUCACUCUUGGGUCGCCAAAGGUCUUGCUGGCUACGGCAUAGCCAAGGUCGGCAAAGCUCUAUGGUGGCAGAACCAAGAUUUCGAUGAUACCUACAGUGCAAAGUCAGGUCGGCGACACCGCUCUUCGCGUUCAUCUCUGAGUGCGAGAAGUAGGAGUGGCUCGAGAGACAGGCGGAGUGUGACUUCACGCGGUGUUGUACGCCACAGGAGCAGAUCGAGAGACUCCCGCGUGAGCCGAAGCUAUACCACUGAUCGGAAAGAAUACAAGGUUGUCCAUCACCACUCCGAGUCCCGGUCACAUUCGAGGGAUAGGAAAAGUGGGCUCUUCUCUGCAGCCGCCGGUGCCGCACUUGGAGCUUCUGUAGCUGGCGCGGCUGCGCGACGUCGCAGUAGGAGUCACUCCAGGUCGCCUCCGCCUGGCUAUGUCAUUCGCAAGCACCACACUGAGGAGCCCUCUAGCUCGGCUUCCUUCUUUGGCUUGGGAGAGAAAGACCAGCGCCACAGCACUCGCCACUCUGUCAUCUCAUCGGCUUCGCGCUAUGACGAUACGAAAUCGCACCGCUCGGCUAAGGAGAAUACUGGCAGUGUAUUCGGCGGCAUGUUCUCUUCCACCCCUAUCACGCCCACCAAGCGCCAGAAGGCCCAUGCAAAGAAGAAGAAGGGCUUCUUUAAUUUUGGAAACUCGUCCACUUCAUCUACCUCGUCUAUAGAGUCUGGUCUGAUGUACGGUGGCAGCACUCUGUCUCGGCGUAGUAGCACACUUUCACGCCGCAGCAGCGGACGCAAGAAGCGUCGCAACUCCGACGAGAAGCUCAACGCCACUUUGAUUGGCCUUGGUGCCACUGCUGCAGCUCUGGCUGCGGCGAACGGCCGUGACAAGCACCGCAGUAAACGAAAGUCAGAUCUAGCUUCCGUGCGCUCUGGCGGAAAGCAUCACGGUGCCAGACACUCAAGCGACCGCACCCGCAUGCCUGGUUCUUACGUGGGCUCGGGUUCGGAUGAGGAGGGCUGGGAGUCGGCUUCAGAGGAUGAGAGCGACACUUCUAGCAUCGAUUCCGGUCUUGCCUUUGGUGACUUUGGUCCCAAAAGCCGGAAGAGCAUUGAGAGCCUCCGAUCCAACGCUUCUGGCACCGACAAGUGGAGCUGGAGAUGGGGCAGCAAGAAGGACGCAAAGAAGCACAAGUCUCAAGACAGCCUGAGAGCCGGUGCUGGUCUCGCAGGCGUUGGCAUUGGUGCAGGCCUCGCUGGUGCAGCUGCGGCCGAUGGCAGGAGCAGCGCCAGCAGCGUUCCCACCCCGCUACAGACGGUUGAUCCCGUGGCCACAUCCGACCCUAAUUCCUUUGAUGCCAUCCGCCGCACGGCUUCCGUCACUUCCCAGCAGCAGGGCCAGUACGGCCAACCGCUCGUAACGGCUCGACCUGGCCCCGUUCCUCUCCAGCAGCCUCAGCCUAUCGUGCCGGUAUCCAAUGCCCCGGUGUACACCUCCCAAGCUGCUUGGGCCCCGACCACCACAUACACGGCUCCUUCUGGCCCGCCCGUCUUCUCCGGCGGUGCGAGCAGCAAGGCUCCAACCACGAGCUUUCCCGGCCACCCCGGGCACUCCGAGUACGCGGAGCGACCUCCGAUGUCACCUAGGCGCGCCUCCUCGCCCACGCACAGUAGCUCUACCAGGCGCGACCUCGCCAUCGCGGGUGCUGCUGCUGCGGCGACCGCUGGUGUCAUUGCGGCAGCGCACCACGGCAGAUCUUCGUCGACUUCGCGGAGGAGGGCAAGCUCGCCUUCGACCAGGGUCGACUCGCCGAAGACGGUCGGCUUUGACUUGACGAGGGCUCAGAUGGAGAAGGAGGACAGGGAGAUGGAGAAGGAGCGCGAGCGCGAACACGAACGUGAGAUUGAGCGCGAUAUUGAGCGGGAGCGGGAGAGGCAAAGGGAGCGCGAGCGCGACCUCGAACGUGAGCGGGAACGCGAGUUGGAGCGUGAACGCGAGCGCGAAUACUUGCGACUCCGCCGUAUCGAGGAAGAGACGCGUCUCCAGGAACGCCGCCUGCAGGAGCAGGCCGAACGCGAAGCCGCUGCUCGCCGCGAGGCCGAAGCAGCGGAGGCCCGCGAACGCGCGAGGCAGCAGGCCCAGGAGAAGGCCGAUCUCGAUCGCGAGACGGAGCGCAUCUUGCGUGAGCGCGCCGAGGCUGCUGAAGCGGCGGCCGCUAGAGAAGUUGCUGCGCGACAGGAGAUGGAGCGGAGAAGACUGGAGCACGAAGCCGCUACGCGCGAGCGUGAGAGGCUGGAGCGCGAGAUCUACGAGGCCGACCUCAACCGCAAGCGUGAGGAAGAAGAGGAAGCUCUGAGGAAGCGCGAGCGUGAACGCGAAGAGAAGAUCGACUAUGACAUUGAGUCCCGCCAUCGCGAGCUGCGUGCUCGAGAGCGCGAUGUUGUCGAGCCUGAAGAGCAUUCUUGGACCAAACCUGCCGUGGCUGCUGCGGCUGGUAUUGCUGCCGGCGCUGCUGUCGCUGGCAUUGCUCACGAUAAGGAUCGCGACGAGAAACGCUCCAGCAAGAUCGAUUUCGACGACGACCACCUCUACGAGGAAGAGAUCAUGGAUCCUGAUUACUUCCGUAAGAAGGACAAGGACACCAGCGGUGGUACGGUCCGAGAGUCGAGCCGUGAACGUCAAGAGGAAAUUGCGCGGAACGCUGCAAAGAAGGUUAUGGCAGACAUCGAAGAGCGCUGGAGAGGACCCACCAACAAGCAGGAGAUGGAGGAUUUCUGGGCUCCUCCCGAGCUCCGCGACCGCUCGCCGUCAAGCAGGGUUAGCCAUAGCCCUGAUGCGGACGUCGAGGUCCGCCACUCGCCUUACGUCGUUGUCCAGCCACCCUAUGAGCCUCAGUACAACUUCACGGCUACCAGGCACGGCGAUGAUCACAAGGACGCCAGAUAUCAUAGUGUCCCAACGCUCAAUCUUAUCGAGCCGACUCCGCCGGUCAGCAUUGCUGGCAGCAUUAGGGGUGAACAUUCGGGACCGUCGUCACCCAACGUGGAGACGAAGAAGGAUGUCGACGAGGCCAUCAAGGAAGCUGAGAAGGAGAAGGAGAAAGAAGAGAAGCAGCGCAAGAGGACCAGCGUCACCUGGGGCGAGGACGAGACCUACCACUAUGAGGCGCAGACUCCAGAGAGCUUCCGCGAGCACUACAUUUCCCAGCAAGACAUGAACAGGCAUCUCCCUGAAGACUGGGUGCUUCAUGGCGACCAGGCGUACGCGGACCAGCAUCGCCAUGAUGAGAUCGUCGUCGAGGCAGAAUCGCCUCGCUCGGGCACGGAGCGGACAACUUACCGCCCUGAUAUUCACGAUCAUAUCAGAGGCUGGGGCCCUGACACCGAGUCCCCCGUGGAGGAGAUCAAGCGCUUUGUGGAUGAUGGCCGUCCAGUGAUCGAAUCUACCUCUCCUGAACAUACCCCCACCGUCAUCACCCCUGGCGAUGAGAAGUACCAGACGCCUUUCUUCGAGACGGUGCCUGGCUUUGCGGCUUACGAUGUCAGUCCUGGCGCGGAGGCUGGACCUGGUCAGCAUGGCUUCGUUGAAGAGAUUGUAGACGAGCCGGUGGAGGAGAUCAUUGCUUCCAAGCCAAGGGAGGCCGAGCCACACAUGCCUGGCGGCUGGGACGACGAAGAGCCUCUGAAGGAAGCGGAAACUUCGUCGUGGACCGAACCGAAGCUCAGUAAGAAGGAGCAGAGGAAGCGGGAUAAGGCGGCCAAGCGUGCCAGUACCGAAACUCAAGAAGACCUGACUUCUUCUACCGGUUCCGUGAAGGACCUUGACCGGGAUUCCAGGGUCGAGUCGGAGUCGAAGAUCGACGAAGGUGGCUGGGAUGCGCCGCUUAGCAAGAAGGACAAGAAGAAGCGCGACAAGGCUGCAAAGCGCGCGAGCUCCAGCCGCGAGGAUAGCCCUUCGAUGCCUUCCACUCCUGCCGAGGAGCCAAAGGCAGAAGAAAUUUGGGAAGACGUCAGCACCAGCAAGAAGGACAAGAAGAAGAAAAAGAAGCGGGAUAGCGUCGACCGUGAUCCUCGCGACAUCGAGCCCAGCUACUCGUACCCACCCACCACUGAUGAGAGCCGCGACGCCAAGUCCGACGUGGGCAUAACCCCGACCCGCAUGCCGGAAGUCCCCGAGGACAUGUCUCGCCGUCGCAGUCUUGAUGCUGGCCACCAACCCAGCUCAGCUGCGCCUUUCAGCUUCGCGACGGCAGCUGGUAUCGUUGCUGGCGGGCUUGCUGACUCCAAGCGUAAGGAGUCUGAGCCUGAUAACCUUUGGGCUGCUACGACUCCUUCGCAGCAAAUGCCUCGUGCUCCAUCACCGCCUUCGGGCCCUGUGCCGUAUCCCACAACUUCGAAUGGCGACCAUGCCUCUACUGCUCAACAUCCUGUAGACUCACCUGCCCGAUCCAUUCCAAGCACAGCGUUCCAUGACUACGACGAGCUUGCGGAUACAAAGCAACCGUCGAAGAAGGGCAAGAGGCGUAGUAGAGUGGGCAGCAGCGCUGGAAGUCCACUGAGGUCUGAGGUUGCAUUCGAUGACUACGUGGGCAUGGAUGCCGCUGCCGCUGCCGCCGCCGCUACCGCAGCGGCCGCUAAGGACCUGUCGAAGAUCUCAAGCGAGUCGUUCGAAGCAGCCAAUGUUCCUCUGCCGAAAGAUGACUCGCCACCUUGGUCGCCGACCGGAGACAAGAGCUCGCGGCAGAAGCACUACAUCUAUGACGAGCCGGAAGAGUUUCCGAUCGAGGCUGGCGUUUCCUUGCCGCAUGAUCCGUACGGCUCGCCGGCAGCGCAGGAGGAAUACCCCGAGCGCGGCUACGCUUGGGAGGACGAAGGUGAGCGGAAGAAGCACAGGCACCACCACAGGCACAGGAGCGAAGAUCCGGACAACAGGUCGGUCGCAUCGGACGAACGCGACUCGGAAGGGAGGAGGAAGCACAGGCAUCACCGCCGCCGGGAGAGUGAGCGCUCGGAUGGCACUUACGACGAGACGCGAUCGACCGUUUCUGAGGGCCGCUACGACGAUGAAGGCCACCGCAAGCACAAGCACCGCAAGCAUCGGUCGACUGGCGACGAUGACUCCCGGUCUGUCGUUUCUGAGUUCCGUGACGAUGAGGACGACGAGCGGAGGAAGCACAAGCACCGGAGGUCGAAGCGUGAGAGCGACCUCUUCGAUGAUUCUAUUCGCGAUCGCGAUGCUCGUUCCGAUCCGGGCGACGUACUUGACCGGGACGACCCGGAGCGGCGCAGACACAAGCGUAGGUCCAAGCGUGAGGGUGAGUUUGAUGAUGAAGCCUCCGUGGUAUCGAGUCCAGCGAAGUACGGCGACGACGAUAAGAAGAAGGACAAGGAAAAGAAGGGUCUCUUCUCAAGCAUCUUCGGAAAGUCCAAGGAGAGCCUCCCCGAAACGAGCUCCACCAGGUCUCACGAAAGGGCCCGCGACGAUAACGAUGUGGAUGACCACAAGCACAGGAGACGAAAGCAUCGCAGCUCCACUCAUGGCUCUUUGUACGGAUCGGACGAUGACAGUCGCUCUGUGGUCUCAAGCACGAGCGGCAGACGCGACAAGAGACUGAGCGGUAGCAGAGACGACUCAGGUAUGGAAUAUUCCCGACACUACAAGGUACAUACGACGCCUUCAGAGCAGCCGUUUCUUUCUACUUCUCUCCGACCUCAUUCAGACGAACUUUCAAACUCUCCUUCGUUUGAUAAUGGUGGUCAUACCGUUUCUCUCUCCAACGUUAUAUCGCCGAACGCAAUCGACGACAGGGAAGAAGACAUGCUAAAUUAUCUCGUGACAAAGGACGACAUCAUCACCGACGCGAGCACUCGCAGUAGUGACAAACGCAACACCUUCCACGGCGCGGAGUCUUUUUUAGGGCUUCGGGCAAGAGGUGAAUCCGAGCGUCUACCUCCCCUGCCCACCGUCCACGUCCCCAUCGCCGCCGCUCAUUUCGAACAUCAAGACGAACUUGAACAUGCAAUGCCAAUGUUCACCCCUCUACCGCGCAGUCGCUCCACCUCUCCGACCGAAGAAGCUGUCGCUGCUACUGCCGGCCAUACUGCCGCCGAUGAUAACGUUAUUAGCUUUCCAAAAGUUAGGCCCGGCAGCCCUGAUGCAGCGGCCACACCACAGCCGCUCAGCAGCAGGAAACGCACGCCCAGUCUGCAGAGCAUGCGGCAGACGUCUGCGACAGCCGUGCCCUUGCACUUCAGAGGCUUCGGCUCUCGCCCCGGCAGCGAAGUCGGCAGUCCCGCGUCGUCCAGGCCCAUCAGCACGACCGCCGUCCCCAUCCCAUUCCUUUCCCAUCAGAGCCGCCGCGCCAGCACAGGUGGACAGGGUGCUACUUCUGCACCCAGGUCGCCCGUCUCGCCCCAGAACGCUGGCCCGACCGCGCCUGCGACCGACCCGCUCGGCACGCUGGCGACGCCGCCGAUGCUGCAACAACCAUCACAGCAACAGCAUAAGCACAAGAGACUGCCGUCGACCGAGUUCAAGAGCGGCGGCACCUUCCGCCCGCUGUACCUCGUCGAGCGCAACGCUUCGCGCAGAGGCAGCAGGGGCAAAGAAGGCGAGCUGCAGGUCGAAGACCUGCCAACGCUGCCGAGCAGCCGCAGCCCGUCGGUCAGCCAGGAGAGCGGCGAGGAGUGGGCGAGCGCGGUCGAGGACGUCGACGACGGCGAAGGAGACACGAGCUUCUUUGGCGGCGAGGCACCGCCAAGCGAGAGCAGCGUCGGCGCGAGCGGAUACGCCAGCGCGACGGAGGGAGAGGGCGAUGAUGGCAUCAGCACCGCUGCCCCGCGCUCGCCGCUGCCGGACUGGCGGCACACUGGCUUGCGCAUCGAUACGGGCGCGUCCAGGGCUGUUGGAGACGACGUUUUGGGCAGCCAGCAGAGCACGCCGAGGGCGUGGGAGUAUGUGGCGAAGGAUGAUGAUGUCUUCGACGUGCCUGCUGCAGCUGCGCAGAGAUUGGAGGCGGAGCAGGCGUUGGCUGCAGCUGCUGAGGAGAAGGCACAUGAUGAAGGUAAGAGCUCUGAUUCUCUGGCUGCUGCGGCGGCGAUGGUUGGUGGUGCGGCAGCCGCGGGGCUCGUUGCGCACGCGUUGUUGAAGGAGAGACGCGAGGAUGAGACGAAGAAGGUUGCUGAGGCGGAAGAGCGUGCGCAGGAGGUGAGAGAAGAGGUCGUUCUGCCUACGGCUGUGGAAGAGCCUGAGACUGUCGGUCGCGAGGAACCUGUGACCGCUAUCGAGGGACAUCCGCCGUUCCCGUCUGCUAUUGCUGCGGAGACGCGUUCAAUCGAGCCCGCAGCUCCUUUGGAGCCUUCGGAUGCUGCGGGGCGUGCGCCUGGCGACGAGCCGAAGCUUGAAGGACUGGAUCAGGAACCAUCCGCUUCCAGCAUCGCUGCUGAGGAGCCCAGCGCGUCUCGAGGGAUUGUCGAGCCCGCUUCGAUUGACGACCACACAACGCCGACGACAACUGAAUCUGCCACGGCCGUCGAAGAGCCCGUAUCCACCACCGUCGCUGCCCCUCUCCCCGAGCCGACCGUCGAAGAGCAGCCAACUUCCAACAUCCUCGACGACUUCAUGGCUGGCGAGCCGGACGACGCCGCCAUCGAAGAGGCCCGCGCCGCCGCUGAAGCGGACCGCGAGCGGCAGGAGCUCGAGUCCGAGCAGCUGCCGUCUUCAACUUCCGCCACCACUCGCCCUGCCCUGCUGACCCGCACUUCGUCGAAGAAGGGCAAGAAGGGGAAGAAGGCGGCGAAGCUCGGCACCAUUUCUCCGGAGGAUGACGGCGGCGAUGCUUCUGCUGCCCAGCUCAGCCCCGAGCAGGUGCGCGAGGCGAGGAAGAGGGAUACGGAGGACGCGGUUGAUGCGUGGUUCGCCGAGGACAAUGGCGCCUCGCCGUCGAACGUCGAGACGGAGCCGACGCCGGCAGCAGCGGAAAAGGUCGAUGAGAGCGAGAAGAGCGGGGUGCAGACUCCUGUCGCUGAAGUGCCCAGUGCGCUGUUGUCUAGGAAGGGGAGCAAGAAGAAGGCGAAGAAGGGGAAGAAGGGCAAGAGCGGGUCGGUGAGCGAGGUCGUUUCGGAGCCUCCUACUGCCUCUGCCGCUGCUGGACCUGAGGAAGUCCUGCCGACUGCUGUUGAUACUGCUAGUCCUGAGGAAGCCCUGCCGACUGCUGCUGAGGACGUGAGGGAUGUGCCGCCUGAAGACGUGCCGCUCCCUGAGGCUGGUCAAGCCGAGGGUCUCGAGGCGCCGUUAGAGCCGGAGAAUGUGGCAGUGACGGAAGGGCAGCCGCUUGCAGCGGUUGAAGAGCCCGAGAAGGGUGCUGAGCGGGUGGAGCCUGAAGCGCCGAAGGUCCUGGUGGAUGAGCAGGUUCCAUCGCUGGAAAAGGGUAGUGCUGUUGCGGACGCCGAAGCUGAGCAAGAGCCGGCUUUGGUCAAGGAUGACGCUGCCCAACAGUCUCUGCCUGUGGAGGAGGCUGUCGUUCGGGAAGCUACUCCAGACCAAGAAUCUGUCGUUCAGGAUCUCACGACCGUCGAAGAUCCUGGCGUUCUGGAGCACCAACAGCCGCAGCAGCCGUCCGAAUCCCUCGAGCAAACCACCACCACUCCAGUCACCGUUCCGGAUACCGUUGCCAGCGAAGAAGCGGCACCCGCCGCCGCAGAGGAUGUCACAGCACAAGAAGAACCCCCCGUCACCACCGCUGCGCCCGUUCAGGAGGAGGUCGAUCCCGAGGCCGAGUUCGCACCCGUGCUGUCUCGCUCUUCGUCCAAGAAGAAAAAGAAGAAGGGGAAGAAGGGAAGUAGCGCUGGCGGGUCUGUUUCUGGCUCCGGCCUUGCUACGCCGGUUGAGGAGAAGCCGCUGCAGGAGCAGGAACAGGUGCAAGCACCGGUUGAAGAACCGCCGGCCGUUGUCGAGGAGACCCCGAUUCCGACUGAAGACCACCCCGCCGUCGUUGGCGUCGAGGAGGCGCAACGCGAUAUUGGCGUCGGCGAAGAAAAAGUCGAUGAGCUUCCGGCAGUUGAGGAGACGGCCCCUACGACUACUCCUGCGGCCGUUGGGGAGGUCAAUCCGGAUGAUGAGUUUGCCCCGGUUGAGUCCGCUUCGUCGAAGAAAAAGAAGAAGAAGAAGGGGAAGAAGAGUGGAAGUGGGAGUGCGGGGCUGGUGACACCAGUUGAGUCAGGGCCGGUCGUCGAAGAGGCUGUUGAGAAGGAGCAGAUUCUGGAACCUCCGGUCGUUGAUCAGCCGGCUAUCGAGGAGCCAAUUUUCAAAGAGCCGGUCGCCGAAGAACAAGUCUCUGAGCAGCCGGUUGUUGAAGCGUCUGCUUUUGAGGAGCCUAUUGCUCAAGAGCCAGUUGUCGAGACUCCGGUACACAUCGAACCUAUUACCGAAGAGCCUCAGCCAGCUGAGACCGUUACCCAACAGCCUGAACCUAGCAUUCCUGAGUCCGUUUCAGAAAGUCGUGAGAUCCCGGCUGACACCACUACUGCUGGUGAGGUGUCCACUCCGGUCCCUGAGGUGGAUCCAGAAGCUGAAUUCGCACCCGUCGUAUCUUCGAAGAAAAAGAAGAAGAAGGGGAAGAAGAGCAGCAGUGGCUCGGGACUUGCUACGCCCAUUGAAGACCCGGCUUCGGCCACGUUGAGUGUCGAAGAGGCGAAGCGCAGUGAACCGGUUAAAGAAGAGCCCCAACAGACCGUUCCGGAACCUGCAUUGGAAGAACCAAGUCCCGCCAUUGAACUUGCGCCCAGCGAAGAGAAGCCUGUAUCGGUGGGUGAGGACAUACCUGCUGUGCCGGUGGUGGACGAGCGGGGGGUGCAGGAGGUGCUGGAGGAGGGCACUGCUGCCGUCCAGCCAGCUGAACCAGAGGUUGCCCAGCCUUCAUCAUCCGCGGAUCUCGAAGAGCAGACAGUGCCAAGUGCGGAGCAGCAACAAGCAGCGCCGGCUGAUGUCGUCGAAGCUGAGCCAGAAGCAGAGUUUGCACCCGUGUUGUCUCGAUCUUCAUCGAAGAAGAAAAAGAAGAAGGGAAAGAAGGGUAGCAAGAGCGUUUCCGAAAGCCCAGCAGAAGCAGUCAUCACCCCUGUUGAAGAGGUUGUGCAAGAGCCUGCGGCUAUCCCCGAGCCAGAACUAGCCAAGUCUCUCGAGUUGCUAGUAUCUGAGGAACCUGUCAGCGAGGCUCCGGUGGAGGUAGAUCUUGAGCACUCAAGUUCCAAAGAUUUGCCUCAGGAUGUGAUUGCCGAAACAGCAGCAACAGCCGACCAAGAGCAGGCGCUGCCUGCUGCGUCUGUCCCUCUGCCCGACGCAGAUAAUGAUCAGGAACUUGCAGAACCGAAAACGGAGGAGCAACCGGCCAUCACCGAGAAGACUGACAUCCUCGAACAUGUGCCCCCUUCAGAGCAGAUGGUCAUCCCCUCGCAAGUUGAAGAGGUGCCCCUUGAGGCUGGCCCUAAGACCGAGAUCUCCGCCGUUCCCUUGACGAAGCAAGCGCAGGAAGAGGAGAUUGUUCCUUCCCCGGAGGAAUCUGCUGCUCAAGUCAUUGUCGAAGAAGUUCAAGAGAAACAGCCCCACCACUUCUUCGCGACUGACGUACCUUUGCCAAAGGGCCACGAUGAAGAUGCGCAGAUUCCAUUGGCGGAGGACGAACGUGAGGAGUUCAAGGAGGCUGAGCGGGCUAUGGAGGUGAAGCCUGUAGUACAAGAAGUUCAAGAGGGACAGCCUGCCCACAUUCUCGGUGCUGAUGUGCCCUUGCCCGAGGGCGCCGAUGAAAAUCUGGCCGAACAGUUGACCUUGCCCGGAGAUGAACGCCAGGAGCUCCCGGAAGCUGAAUGUGCUGUUGAGGCUGGACCCGUAGUCGAGCACGUACAAGAGGACCAACCCCAUGACUACAAAGAGCCCGAAAGGGCGGUGGAAACAGAGCCUGUCGUCGAGGAGGUGCAAGAGAAAGAACCACGCCACUUCUUUGGCGCGAAUGUUCCUUUGCCUGAGGGUGACGACAGAGAGCUUGCUGAGCAGCUGUCCAUGCCUGAGGACGAGCUCCAGGAAUUCAACGAGGCCGAGCGGGCGAUGGAAAUCGAACCACGAGUUACCGAGGACCCACUGGUGCAGAAGGUUUCUGAAGUAGUACUCCCAAUUGCUGCUUUCCCUGAGCAUCCCCACGUGCCUGAGUCAAACGACGAAAUUCAUCUACCGGGGGAGUCUUCCACGCAACCUGAAGAUGCCGCGACAUCCGCUACAUUUGAUGCUUCCCGCGAAGCUGCUCCUUCUGAGACUGCGGAAGCGCCUGAAGCGCCUGCUGAAGGCCCAGCUUUCGAUGGGCCACCUGCACCACAUCAUGAGAGUGAGAGCAUUCCUGUUGUUUCAGAGACACAGCCUGAGCUUGCUGUGUCUGAUGUCGCAUCGGUCUCUGAGUCACACACUGAAAUCCAGCCUUCUACUGACCCACUCGUGGUUCCUCAGGAUAGCGAACAAGCCACCAUCAUCCAUGAGACGCAGCCAGAAGAGGAAUGGUCAGUCAAGCCGUCCAAGAAAAAGAAAGGCAAAAAGAACAAGAAAGCGAAAGCAUCUGGACAAUCGAGUGUGGACAUCACCGAGCCGCCAACACCGGCAGAGCGCGACGUCCCCGAACUUGCUGAUGACACGGGUGCCAUGGAGCAAUUUGGUAUUUCGGAGCAGCCGGCGGAAAUCAUCCAAGCCGCUGGCGAGCCAGGCGACCUGCCAGAAAUGGGCACGACUGCUGCUACUGUAGCCGAUGCGGAAACAGAGCGGGGCACGGUGGACUUGGAGCAUGAAGUCUCUCAUGACCUUGGUCAUUCAAGUACGCAAGGGCCAGAGCUGGCUGAGGGGCCUACUUCCGUGCUGCCAUCCUCAACUUUUGAGGAGGCUGAGCAGAACGAGGCCUUCCAAGAGCCGGUGUCAACAGUGCAACCCACAACCGCCGAGGAAGCUGCGAAAUUUCCAUUGCCUUCGGAUAUUGAGGAGCCCAGCUUUGCUUCCGAGGUUCCUGUUACUCCCGCAGUCGAGCAAGUUCAUGACAAAGCGAUCGAAGAGCCUCAGCACACGCUCGAACCCGAACUUGCCAAGGAAGCCCCUGCUGAAGAAACACCAACCCUGGGUCAAGAAUCAUCUGCUGCUAUCGAAGCUCAGCCUGACGACGAAUGGUCUACUCCCGCUAAGAGCAAGAAGAAAGACAAAAAGAAAAAGAAGAAGCGAGGCUCUGUGGCCCAAACACCGAUCGAAUCUUCGGCGCCUGGAAGUCCGAAACUGGAGGCAACGCCCGCUGAAGAGUUUUCAACGGUGACGUCGCAAACGCAGGGCGAGUCGGCUGUCACAGUGGACCAACUGCAGCCUAGUGUGGAAAAUGUCGAGGCUGCGAGUGAAAUCACGCCCGUGGCUUCGGGCGAGCCAGCCAGCGUUGCAGAUGAUUUACGUGGCCCCGCUACCCCGGCCGCGUCGAUGCCCAUCGACCCCGCCGCUCCCGUAAGCGAGGAAAAUCUCUCGAAUCCGCUGGCAGACGAGUCACGUGAUGAGACACCGCUUUAUGCAGGCGAGUGGAAACUGCCAACUCAUUCCAAGGAAAAUGACAAGGAGGGCGAUGAGCGUGGCGCCGCUCCCACCGGUCAGGAGCCGGCAGAGGGAGAAGCGGUGCCCACUGAUGAACAGAUCUCCAGCACCGCGACUCCACUUCUGGAGACUACUGAAUCACCGGUCUCACUACUGCAACCUGAACUUGCCGACGAACCGCCGAAGGGCAUCGAGUUUGGAGCUGAGCAGCAGGUCGAGGCGCCCUUGCAGAUCGCUGAGCCUCUGGUCGAGGAGCCAGCUGAUUCGCCUGCUGUACUUGAGACCACUGCCGAAGAGGAGUGGGCCUUCAUGCCAGCAAAGAAGAACAAGAAAGGCAAGAAAGGAAAGAAGCAGGGUUCCAUUUCUUCAACUCCGAAAGAGGUAGAACAAGUUCCUCAGCCUGUUGCCGAGCCCAUCGAGGAUGUUCGCGCGGUCGAGAGCACUGCUUUGGAGAGCGCUCCCGCCGAACCAACGGGCGAAAACUUGACGGCACCUUCCAGCGAACCAGCAGCCCCUGUUGAAGCUGGUGAGGAUGAGUGGGCCCUUCCCGCCAAGAAGAAGAAGGGCAAGAAGGGGAAGAAGGGCUUCGCCGACAUAGUGCAGGAGGUUGUGCAGCCAGAGGAGGUGCCAGUCGCUCCUGAGAAAGACUUGCCGGAACGGGCUGGUGAUCGUGAUGAUAAGUUUGAGGAAACCGCGCCAACAUCGCUGGAAGACAACAAUGAUACUCCAACAGAGGUCGCACAAGAGAACGCAAGCGCUGAAGCGCCUCUUGAGCCUUCUGUUCCGGUCACAGAAGCUCCAGCUUCUCAAGAACUGCCGGGCGAGGAGCAAUCUUCUGAUGUCAAGCCGAUCAGCGAUGUUCUCACGGAGAAGCCCACCGAAGUUGAGACUGCUCCGGAGCAACCGAAGGAGGCCGACGCUGAAGACAUUUGGGCCGUGCCAACGAGGAAGGCAAGCAAGAAAAAGAAGAAGAAGGGCAAGCAAGCGUCCCUCGAAGAGUCUGCCACGCCGCCGACGGCAGAACCUGUUGCUGAGCCCAGCGCGAUUGAGAACGUCUUCGAGGCUCCCCCGGUAGAAGAACCCAAGGAAAUUCUGGAGGCGGAAGAAGUACCACCUAAAGUUGUUUCAGAGUCCUUGCAGCCCGAAGUCGGCCCUGAGGUGCCUCCUGCAGUCGAAGAGCCCAAGGAGAUUGGUGAGGUCGAUGCUGAGGACGAGUGGGCGCCUGCUCCGACUUCUUCCAAGAAGAAGAAAAAGAAGGCGAAGAAGGGAAAGCAAGGAUCGGUUUCUGAGGCCCUGCCCACUCUUGAUGAUGCCCCUCCGGCCGUGGAGGAGAAGGUGGAGGAGCAGCCCGCGGAAGAUCAAAGCGUCGAGGUCGUGCCAAGCGAACAACCACAAGCGGUUGCGGAGCCCGUGCUCGAGGAGCCGAUUGAAGCUGCCAUAGAGCAGGUCUCAGAUAGCACGGACGUCGAUUUGGUUCCGAGCGAGCAGCCGCAGCAGUUGACCCAGGAGCCUGUUGUCGAGGCUGUCGAGGAGCAAAUUCCGGAAUCGAAGGAUGUCAAGCCGCAACCGGAUGUCGAGCCUGUAAUGGAAGACAUCACUGAAAAAGGUCUGGUUGAGGAGCCAUUGGACAAACCCGCUGUGGAGGAGCAGCUCGCAGAAGCACCUGUCGUGGAACAGCCUGUCGAAGCUUCCAUUGAGGAAAACCUUGUCCAGCAAACUUCAUCCUCUGAGCCAGCCGUGGCGGAGGUUGCGAACGUCCAGACCCCUCAGGAGGCGGGCGAGGAUGAAUGGGAUCUUCCAAUCAAGAAAAAGAAGAAGGGCAAAAAGGGAAAGCGGGAUUCUACCCCCCAUACACCACCUGUCGUUGAUGAGCCUGCCACCGUCGUCGAAGAACCCACGGUGCCUUUGGACACGGCUAGCCCCAUCGUUGAGGAGCCCGCUCAUGUCGCCGAGCAGACUGCACCCAUAACUGAAGAGUCUGUGCCGAUCACCGCCGACACGCAAAAUGAUGAGGUCUACCUCACUGAAGAACCGAAAACCUUCGGCGACGAGCUGAAAGAUAUUCCCACUUCUGUCGAGCUUCCCAACCAGGAGCCCUCUUUGCCUAUCGAAGCCGAAACUCAACAAGAGGCAGACAAAGCUCUUCCUGCUGCAGAACCCGCCACCAAAGAUGAACCUUCUACACAGGAAAUCGAAGCCGUUCAUGAAACACCACAGGAAGCACAACCUGAAGAUGUGUGGGCUGUACCAACGCGGAAGAAGUCCAAGAAAGGCAAAAAGGGCAAGCAACAGACUGUCUCCACUCCGCCAGCUGAACUUUCACAAGCCCAACUUGAACCUGAAAUCGUCAAAGAAUCACAACCCGAGUCGGAGGCCAUCAGCGAGCCGCAGCCCGUGCCUGAGGCCGUCAGUGAAUCUCAGCCCGAAGACAAGCCAAAAGAGCCGCAAGAGUCCACGCCCAUCGAUGCCGUUCCUGAUGAGGAGUUCAGCAUCCCUUUGAGUAAAAAGGACAAGAAAAAGCAAAAGAAGAAGAAGGCUGCUGCCACUGCUGCUGCUGCGGCAGCGGCUGCUUCAGUGGACGACUCGCCAGAAGUUCAGACCAGCUCGGCCCUCGACGACGCGGUUACACAGGAGGUCCCUCGCGAGGAAGAUGUUCCGAAGGUUGAGCAUGACACAGAGCCUACUGUUCCUCCACUCAGCUUUGCCGAUGCCGCCAGUAUCAUGGCCGCAGGGCUCUCUGAUUCAAAGCCCGAGGAGCCGGAACCGGAAAGCUCCACCGCUCAACCAGAGCCAUCAGCAGAGGCUAAGCAUGAGGGCGCGGAAGAGGUGAAGGACAGAGCUCUUGAAAACGACAAGACUUUGACUGAAGAAUCUGCCUUGCCUCACACUACGGAGAAGAUCACUUCCGAAGAUGUCGCUCGUGACGUUGCAUUACCGGAAACUGGCACACGGGAUUCGCUCGAUUUCGAACCUCCGAAAGAAGACAAGGCACCAGUCUCUACGGAACCAACAACAACAUGGCUGGACGGCGAAGACAAGAAACCCAGCUUCAAAGCUCCGUCCUUUGGCUUCGCAGCUGCCGCUGGCAUUUUGGCUGACAUUGUUGCCGAUUCGCGGCGCGAAGAACAAGCUCCUGAGCCCUUAAAGUCAACCGAGCCUGCGUUUGAAGAUGCUCCCGGCGUUCCCGAGACGCCAUCCAUAACCACUGUCCCUAGCACUGCACCGCCCGAUGUUGCUCAAGAAAUUCCUGAAGGCCCAUCUGCUGUGCUUGAAAAUAUGGAAGCGCCACCGACGGAACAGCUGGAAGCUAAUGCGCCGGCUGAAGAUGUCGUCAGCCCACCCUUGGAGAUUUCGAGGGAUGUCGAUGCUACGACUCUUGAGCCUGCUUCGGCGCCGGCGGAGGUGGAUCCUUCCGAGGAGUUCGCCCCGGUCAAGAAGAGCAAAAAGAAAAAGAAGAAGGGAAGCAAAAGCUCUGGCGCUGAAACGCCGGUUGUGGAAGAGCCAGUUCCUGAGCAGCCAAUUCUCGAAUCGAAGGGAAUCCCGGCAGAGCCAGGCGCAGAAGCUGAAAUCGCGCCUGUUGCUGAAGCUGCAACUGCCGACAUUAAGCCUGCUGAAAGUGAGCCGUCAACACAAGAUCAAGCGAAGGAGGUUGCCGAACCAGUUUCUGGUGCCGAAGAGAAGCGUUCUGGAUCUCCUGUACGCGAUGUUGACUUUGCAGCCACCUUGGCAGCGGGCUUGCAGGAUUCCGGUUUCGACCCUAGCCUUGUUCUCGAUGAUCCUACUUUCCACGAACGCAAGACUCCCCCGGGCUCCGCUCUUGAGGCCGAUAGCGACGUUGAAUUCACGUCGAUCAAGCCGAAGAAGAACAAGAAAAAGAAGAAGGCUUUGGCGACCCAGGACAUCGAAGGAGACCAGGAAAUAAAGGAAGUCAUUACUCCCGCCUCGCCUAGCCAAGAACCGAUGGCGGAAGAUGCUCCAAGUCAUGAUCCAGCCUUCGCUGCCGCAAUGGCUUCCGUCCUGGACGACCCCACUUUCAACAGACGAACGCCGUCCCCUGAUUCUGCAAAGGAAGCCGUGUCUGAUGAAUUCUUCCCUUUCCAGAAAAGGCCAAAGAAAAAGAAGGGGAAGAAGAGUCAGGAUGCCAGCCCCGAACCCGAACUGGCUGACAAGAGCCAGUUCGAGACCACAGAGCAGCCCACUCCGGUCAGCGAUGUCCCUCAGGAUGAAGCUGGUCGCACAGUUCCAGAGGUAUUGCCUAAAGCUACUAUCGAAGAACAUCUUUCUGUGACCGAGCAGUCACCCGGAGAAGUUGAACAUCCGAAGGAUAUUGUCGAAGAACCUCAGCCUCCUCCUGCAGACGAACAGAGUCGGGAACCAGUUGUUGAGUCUCCGGCGGUCGAGGCUCCCACGGAUGUGCCCACCGCUGUUGAGAAUCCAGCUCCCGAGACUGGCUCUGUGGUUGUGGAGGCGAAGGACGACAGACCCUCGCUAGAUGCUGCUCCGGCCGAGAGGAGCGUCUCUCCGGAUGUUGCUGUGCAAAAUGAGUGGGCUCUUCCGAUUAGAAAGAGGAGCAAGAAGGGAAAGAAAGCCGCAAGCAACAAGUCUGGUGAGCAGACACCAAUUGAGCAGACAACAACAUCGGCUUCAACUGCCCCGGUUUCGACGGCUUGGGCAGAUCAGAUGGAGGAAGAGACGCCAAUUGAGAUUCCUGCCCAGGCAGGGUCGCUUGUCCAAAUGCUUGAAAAGCAACAUGAGGAGCCUACUGCGGAGAGAGGAAUGGAAUUGAACCAGGAGUGGGAUUUUCCAUGGAACAGGAAGAAUGAUCAAGCGAAGCGGAUGUCUGUCCAGGAGAUGGUGGAUCAGUGGCAAGUGAAUGAGAAGGCAGUUGAUAUGGAAGGGGAGCAGAGGCUGCAGGAGCCAACCCACGUCAGGGCAUUCGAAGAACCGCCUAUCGCGCUUCCCGAGCUCAACACGAAGCAAGAGCCCGUUGAGCAAGAAGUGCCGUCACCAGCUGACAGCCAGGGCAGUAGGAUUGCGAACCUUUUCCCUGGUCUCGAAAGGGUGAAGCGCAAAGUUCCACCACCGAGACCAGCUGAGUCUAGCCCCACCGACUCGCUUGAAAAGAGGGGUUCGCGAUCUUCUCUCGUGAGCGAACGUGGGUCGUUUGAGAGGCUGCGAAGAAGCUCUCCUUUGCACAGCAAGCGUAGCAUUGAGAGGGAGAAGGGGACGGAACCGCAUCGCCGUCUCGGCGGUCUUGGACAUGUCAUGCAACAACCCACGUGGGAAUUCCCGGCGGAUCUGCCAAACAGAGACAGCGCGGUCAACAUGAACGACACUCCAAUCCUUCACAGCGAACCCACGUUCCGCAGCUUGGUAAGGGAUAGCGGCUUCCACGAAGGUGAUCACACUCCGAUUGAGGACGAACAGCAGGUCUCUCCGCCCGCACCAAUGCGAGUUGAUGUGGAAACAGGGCCUGAAUGGGAGACGUCUGUCAGACAGGGUGAAUCGACUGAAAAUAUUCCCAUGGAAGAUGCCAAUAACCAGGAAGCCGCUCCGACAGUAACUCCAGUGGAACGAACCAGCCCUGCAUUUCCCGACAGCAAUGCAGCACAAGGCUCAGUUCUCGACACUCCGUUGAAACAACCAGACACGCCCGGCGAACCCGUGAGUAUGGCCUCUUCUCCACCUUCGGCGGCACGGGAGCUGCCACAAGAACCUCGCGAAUCCCUUUUUGGAGAUCCGACGCAGCAGACGCCCGAGAAACCACAGCCAAGCACGACGCCGUCGCGACAUUUGAAGUCUUCCAGCAUCUCCCUUGAGCCGAUCCGCGAGCAUAGUCCCGACGACCCCGCUGUCCACAAGCAAAGCCGGCCUAUCUCGGACGUGGGUAUGCCAGAUCAUGGAGUCAAGUCCCUCAGGCGCAGCCUCGGAUCCGGGAAGAGCCUGCGCGACGAAAUGCAGUCUUCGCCAGGACAUCCAGAUGAAGAUCAAGCUACGGCCAAUUCCAGGAAUGCCAGCUUCGUGGUACGAGAGCGGGCAGGAAGCAUCGGAGACCCGUUCGUGGAGAAGCAGCGACCGUCCAGCGUGGUCAGCGACCGGUCGAUUGGCAGCCACGCAGGCAGCAUCUUCGCUCGAAUCAAGACGCCCGAGCAGAUGAGGUCGCCCAGUUCAAUCAGCGCGCGGUCCGAGACACCUCCGCUGCGCAGGGUAGACCGGGUUGUGUCAGGUGACCUGCGGUCUGCAUCGCAGCUUGCCGAGGCCAAGGCGCGCGCUAGAUCGCCCGCAACCUCAGCAACCAUCACGUCGCCCACCCGCGCCGGCCCGUCAACAUACGAUCGCGUGCGCGACAAGGGCAAGGGCCGCGCCCUCGACAUGUCCCAGAGCUACGAGGGCUGGGGCGAUGCACCAGGAACUCCACUGUCGCCCACGCGCCCGCCCAGCGUCCGCAAGCGCCAAAGCAUGCACAUCAUGGAUCUCGAAACCCGACUCGACCAACUUGCCUCGGAGAACCGUCUGCUGCAAGAGGCCAAGGCCCGCGCAGAAGAGGCAAUGCAAGAUGCCAACGUCAAUCAGGAUCGUCAGGUAGCAGAGGCGGUCGAAUCACGUGACGCCCAAAUCCGCGCCAAGGAUGCGGAGAUCGCGCAGAUCAGCGAGAUACUGCACAACCUCCGCCAAGAGAUUGCUCGUCUCAAUGAAGUGAACGCCGCUUUGAGCGAUGCGAAUCGGAAUCUCACCAACGACACCAACCAGCGCUAUGCCACGCUUCAGGCCGAGACGCAAAGCCACGAGCGGCGAUGGCAAGAAGCAGAGCGCGCACUCGAGCAACUUCGAGUUCAACACAGCACUCUAUCGGCUGGCAUGGAGGAUGUCGUCCGCCAGGAGAUCAAGAACGCCAUGAAGGACAGAGAUGCCGAAAUCAACCGUCUGCACGAAGAGCUCGCCGAUGCCACCGAGCAAGUCAAGACUCUGCAGCGACAGGUACUCGAGACCAAACAGGGCGACAGCUUCCUCACUGUUCGAGACGAAGACUACUUCGACACUGCUUGCCAGCAGCUCUGCCAGCACGUCCAACAGUGGGUCUUGCGCUUCUCCAAGUUCUCCGACAACCGAGCCUGCCGCCUGUCAACGGACGUUAAGGACGAGAAGAUCGAGACGCGUCUCGACAACGCCAUCCUGGAUGGCACCGACGUCGACAUGCUUCUCGCCGACCGCGUCAGGCGGAGGGACGUCUUCAUGUCGGUGGUGAUGACGAUGAUCUGGGAGUACGUCUUCACCCGCUACCUGUUCGGCAUGGACCGCGAGCAACGCCAGAAGCUCAAGGCGCUCGAGAAGACGCUCACCGAAGUCGGCCCACCGCGCGCCGUCGCCCAGUGGCGCGCCAUCACGCUCACGCUCCUCUCGCAGCGCGCGCACUUUGAGCGGCAGCGCGCCCAGGACACGGAAGCGGUGGUGCAGGAGAUCUUCGGCACGCUGGCCAGCCUGCUGCCGCCGCCGUCACACCUGGCCGACAAGAUCCAGGAGUCGCUGCGCAACGUGCUGCGCCUCGCCGUCAACCUGUCGAUCGAGAUGCGCACGCAGCGCGCCGAGUACAUCAUGCUGCCGCCGCUGCAACCCGAGUACGACACCAACGGCGACCUGGUGCGCAAGGUGUACUUCAACGCCGCCCUCAUGAAUGAGCGCUCCGGCGAGACGUCGUCGAACGAGGAGCUCGAGCAGCUGCGUGCCGUCGUCAAGAUCGUGCUGUUCCCGCUCGUCGUCAAGAAGGGCGACGACCUCGGCGAGGGGGAUGAUGAGAUUGUGGUGUGCCCCGCACAGGUCCUGACGGCCAAGACGGUCAAGGAUCGCAAGGUCGUCCGCGUGCUGAGCGGUGCCAUGGAGAUGGGGGAUGAUCCGAGGAGCGUGCGUUCGCGGAGCAGCUUGAGUAGGGUGCCUGGCGCGUCGCCGGGCUUGCCGGAGGGCAGCGCGAUGGAUACGGCUUUUUAG